AGCGUGAGUGUGAAAGGUCACUUUGAAAAAAGGGCAGGUAUGCUGAAGGAGAAAAACAUCUUCCUACUGUUUUUUUAAUCGUGAUUGUUAAAGACAGUGUUUAUCUAUGGAGUCUGCAAAAGGAGAGGAACCUGCUCUCCGGCAUGUAGAGAAAGAUGUGCUGAUUCCCAAACUAAUGAGGGAGAAGGCAAAGGAGCGCUGCGCAGAAAAAGUACAAGCUUUUAAUGAAUGCUGCAAAGACAGUGGCUUUCUGAUGGUCCUCAAAUGUCGAGAGCAAAAUACUGCUCUGAAGGAGUGCUUAACCGUUUACUAUAAGGAUCCAGCUUUUUAUGAAGAAUGCAAACAGGAGUAUUUGAAAGAAAAACAAGAGUUUAUAAGAACUGGUGUUCCUACCAAGAACCGACAGCAGAAACUGCCCACAAGUAUGUAAGCUGAAGCUUCACAUGGAGGAUUGUGGUCCCAAAGUUGUUACCCAUCAUUGCGAGAGAGGCACAAUCACAGAAAUUAUGGAUGCAUUUUGUGUAAAAACUUUGGGAUUUGGGAAGUGCUGGCAGUAGAAUCACGUGGUGGCUGCUUAACCUUGUAUUUGUACUCCUUGACAAUGAAAUCAAUUAUUAGCUGAAUGAUCAGUUUGAUAUUUUCCAAAAAAUAAGAAUUAUAUGAUUUGAAAGAUAAAAGUUUGAGCAGUGAGAGCGUUGCUUUCCUAAUUAAGGAACUUGUAAAUGUAAAAUGACAAAUUGAAAUAAAGAAGGGAUCGCUAAUGUGAAUCAUUUAAUAAAA